AUUGGUACAGGAUGGAGCACUCAAGUGUCUCUUCUUUUCGUCUGUACCCUCUGGGCAAGUGCCUAUCCAGAGGCUUCUGUUCUUCUGUAUCUCUCUUUCUCCCCUUCCUUGUUGAAGAUGCUUAUUGAUCUAUUUUCCUUUUUUGGCAGUUGGGUCCAGGUGUCCCCUCCAUGAUAGCACCCUAAAGGCACGGUAUCUUUUCCCGAGGGACUCUUCCAACAGCCGUGUGUCUCAAACUGAUAGAGAGAUCUGCCCCACGGAAGUGUCUCUGUUUGACUUUGCCUUCCGUGCCCAAAGGGAGGAGUCACCCACUCGGAGAUGAGCUUCCUACCUCGGCAGAGAAGGAACGAUCCCGGCUCAGCAACGCUAAGGACACCGGAAGACAUGGAUAUCCUAGAGAUAGAUGCCCAUUACAGGAGAAAGGUUGCAGCCAAUAAACAGCACAUGCUCCAACUCCCUGAGGAUAAAAUGGAAGGGGCAGGGGAGAACGAGGCCGUAAGCGACUUCUGGUCCCCAUUGGGAAUGGCUGCCUUUGCCAUGUGUCACGUCUUCUACAUUUCUGCCUUUGGCCUGCGUCCCUUCCGGCCACUCACCUUGCUCCUCCUUGUGGGGCUGGGGGCUGCCGUUUACGUUUAUCUCCUGCUGCCCUGCCUGACGGGCCUGUACGUCUGGGCUGUAGCAAUCUACAGCGGCCUACUCUGCGCCAUGGCCUGGCGGGCUCUUUCUCGGCCUGCCCAUCAGCUGAGCACAUCUGUUGGCAGCCUCCUCUUCCUCGUAUCCGACGUCUUCGUUGCUCUCGACAAGUUCUGUUCUUCACUGCCUCAUGCUCGUGUCCUUAUCAUGAGCACCUACUACUCGGCGCAGGCUCUUAUAGCUGUUUCCGUAGCGCCUCAGAAUAAUCACCGGAAGAGGAACUGAGGCCUGGGCUGGGAAGGAGGCAGUCUCGACUGAGAGGGAUCCUAAGACCCCUGCCUCACAGCUUCUCUGCUCGGCUAGUCCGUUAGACUCGGCUCUGCGAGAUUCUCCACACUGAUUCAUCUACUUCCAGACUGUUCUGCCAAACAUACCUCAGGGCGCCAGUGUCCUCCGUGACCCUUAUGGCCUUCCUGUCCCUUUCCGUCUCCAUAGUUUUUGUAUUGAAGAAUCUGCCACCUCUCAAAAUUAAGCCGCAGUUACGUUGGGGUUGCCAGCUCUGGGUUGGGAAAUACCU